AGAGCACAUGGAAAGAGAUUUGGGACAGCAGAGGAGAUGGCUAUGCAGACUUUAUCAUGAGGAAGAGCUGCAGUCAAGGAACAGCAAUGCAUGAGCUGCAGCAGUACCAGCGGAAGAAGCAGCAGUCUGCAUCUGCUUCCACAAACGCUCCAACUAAACCCCUGGGGAUGGAUGAGGAUAAAGACCUGGAGGACGCAAUGCUGAGCAUCUCACCUGCAAAACUACACAUGCAGAGCUUCACUGUGCCAGCAGCAGCAGAAGGGUCCACACCCAGAGGAUCUUCAGGAGCAAACACAGGUUUUCAAAUGAAAGUAUAGUUGUAUGCUGGCAUUAUGCUAACUGUCCUAAGGACAAUGAAUUGAUACCUGCCAUCAUGAAUUGAUACCAACCACAAAGGUUCCAUCUGCUGCACUGUCCAUACCACCGUCCAGUACAACUGCUGAACCUCAGGCAUCAUCAGCCGAUGGUGCAGCCUCAGGUGUGAAGAGGAAGUCACCUGUGCCCCUCCCACAGGAGCUGGCAUUUCUAUUAAAGGAGACCACAGGACCCAGUACAGAUGCGCCUUCCACAUCUGUGCGCAAAGUGCUGACUUUUGAAGACAGCAGUGAAGAUGCUCCUUCAGCUCAACCAGCUGUUCCAGUUCCAGUGGCUGGUUAUGAGCACGACCUCAGCAGCUGGAAUUGUUCUCCGCACCAGAAGCUGUGGAUGAAGACUGAGCUUCAGGACCUUGGACUGUGGCCUGGGUCUCGACCAGUGCGUCACGCAGGGAACGCAAUUUCACUCUGGCGUCUCCCUCCACAGCCUGAGCUCAUAGAUACAGUGGCUGACCUUCCAUCCCCAAAUUUCUUCCAGCUCCACCCCUUCUUUAUUUGGAAACCUGAGAGUGCUAUCAUGGUCAGGUUAAGAAACAAUUAUAUCUUGCCAUGUCUCCAUGGUUGCUUUCGUUCACAAGUGGUCUCUGCUGGUGUGGGCAGGCCACGAGUAAUUGUUGGCACCAGCGGUCAGUAUUACAUCCUGUCCUCACAACUCUGCUGCAGGGCUUGUCGCAGGAACUGGUUUGCUGACAAUCCACGAUGGCUGGAGAAACUGCCCAAAAGGUUUACCAACCUUCUCCCUGCUUUUCUCACAUACAAAAAGGCCAUCUGCAAGUCUGUUAUGGAUGAGCUCAGGAGGACUGGCAAAUCUCCAGCAGACAUGGCAAACCAAAUAAAUGAACUUAUGCACCUCAAGUACGAGCGAGCUCACCUGGCGUACCUCCAUGCCACAGAAUCGGUCUGGGAUUCUGAGGCAGGAGCUCAUGGACAGAGGACCAUUGGGCAGUUUCUGAGGAAGGAAAAUAAGCCACAGGAGUUCAGGUCUUAUGAAGACCCACAUGCCUGGUGUGGCGUCUCUGUGUCCAGCCAUUACCUGACUGACUGCCUGCUCGACGAAUUCCGACGUCAACAUCCAGCCAUAUCCAAACUCCUCCAGGGCACUUUUGGCCACAUUUUCAGGUCUGACCACACCAGGAAGGUGGCACGAAAAGUCACGCUGGCAUCUGGGGUCAUGUCCAGUUAUUCCAUAAUGAAUGAAAACUGGCUGAUUGUUUCGUGGGUCAUGGUUCAGUCUGAGACAGAAAGGUCCUUGGAGCCCAUGUACCAGGGAAUGGCCAAGAGGUACAGUGAUGCAGGAGUGGAAAAGGCCGGCUACCACUGGGUGGACAGGGAUUGCUGUGCUCCAUUUAAGAUCCCAGACUGCAUCCCUGGGGAAAAUCUAUUGUGGGAUGCCUGGAAAACCACUCCUGCUGUUGUUGCUGCGGCCACAUCUGGACCAGUGGCAAACAGCUGUGCCUCUCAAACCCACUACAAUAAGAACAUUAUUGUAAAACUGGAUCUGUUCCACUGCCUGAGGCGAUUUUCGCGGGAGUGUACCUCUGAGCAUCAUCCUCUGUUCAGCACUUUCUGCCAGCUUCUCUCUGCUGCAUUCUCAGUAGUUGAUCAGGCGGACCUGAAGAGGCUCCAGGAUGCUUAUAAGUUCUGUGGCAUCCAUCCUGCUAAUCCCACAAAGCAACACAUAAGGGAGCACUGCAGGAUCCAAAUACCACAACCCACUGAGCUGCUGAACAGAGUGGAAAAGGUCCUGAACCAUUUUCACCUGGCCACAGACCCCAACAACGUCCCACUCUUCAAGCCAUCCAUGCUGAAGACGUGGCGCAUUCAGAGAGUGCACAUUCUGCGUGGCUGCCUAAGUGACCCUGAACUCUCAGAGGGUGUAAUGUUUAGGUACGGUGGGACUCUUCAGCUUAACCAUGUCCCUGGUGAAGGUGCCAAGGUCCCCAUCUGGAUUCCUGUCCGAGGCACUUCACAGCAGGAGGGUUAUCAUUUCCACCAGGCCCAGUGGAUCACCGGGACUCACGUUUCCACUGAACUAUUCCAGGCCCAGGGCAUGACAGGGUUGGCACGAUGGAACUACCAAAGACUGGUGGACCUUAAGCAGCCAGGUGUCAUUCUCCCUUCUGUUUUUGAUCCGGCUCUAGUGGUGGAGUUGAAUGCAGCCUCCAGAAGAGUGACUGGUCAGGAGAAGUACCCUGCAUUUCACCUCUCUGACAGAGACACUGGAGAGCGAUUUGGGCUUGAAUACAGAGAGCCAGGCUGCCGUCCAGUCCCUCUGAACUGGGACAAACACAAAACUCUGAGAAAAGAUGAACCGGCUGCCCUUCAGCCCCCAUCCUCUGUUCCAAAACCUGUGGCUGCCCAACUUCAGGUUCCAGCAGCGGGACCCUUCUUCCGGGUCGACCCCCAGACUUCACUGUGAACUCAUGAAUAGUCUUGUUUUGUGUUGACCUGUGUUCUUGUGUUUUUGGUUUAAUCUGGACUCUUGUGCUCCUUGUUUUUUGUUUCGGACCCUCCUUCCUGGACCCCGUCCGCCCGCCCUGGUCUGGUGCUUGGUUUUGUUGUUCUGUUCACUCUUUAACUGAAGGCAGUGAAACCACUAGUGUCCCUGUAGUCACCAUAGAGCCUGCCGUCUUUAACCCGCCUCCCCCUGCCCUGUCUACACCACUGACACAAGUGUCAAUAGAGAAGAUUGUGGAGGGCAUUUUAGAAAGGCAACAGCAGCAGCCACAGCAGCAGCAGCCUGAGGGGAAAAAAAGGCAGACAAAGACUUGUCUUGCCUGUGGACAGCCCAAGUCUCAACAUGAGACAGAUGGAUCCACCGUCCAUUAUUUUUACCAGAGAGGGCCUGUGCGCUAUUUCUAUUGUUCCAACAAGGUGCAUCAAACUUAUGCUGCUGAGGGAAUCACUGACCCUAAAAUGCCCUUUGAGGAUUUUGCCCAGACAGACUUUUUCCAAAGGGAACUGGAUGCUACCAGGAAGAAGUCAGAGGAAAGGAUGGAGAAAAAGAGGAAAAGGCCAGAAACGCAACAAACAGGCCGCCUCUGCAGGUUCUGCCACAUGGACCUGAAACAGGGACCAAAUAGCCCACAUGUUCACACAGGCUUCCCUGGAGUGGCAGGGAAAUAUAUCUACUGCCCUUCAAAAGUGCAUUCUCUGUACAGGGACAAGGGCAUGGCCAAGGAGAUGACCUGGAAGGAGUUUCAGGAGUCUCCUUUCUACGAGGCAGAGAGACAAAGAUGGGUGGAAGAAAAAAGGAAAUAGGGGAGAAACUGUUGAUAUUGUACAUAAUAUAGUUUAGUUCUAGUUUUGUAAUGUUUAUUUUGUUUAUAUAAAUAAAAACUGAUUGUAAAUAUAAAAAUGUAAAUAAAUUGUGUUCUGCCUACAUAUUAUUUCUAAAUCACUUCAUGUAAUGAUAACAAGCCAUCCGUUCUCUAGUGGGGUCUCACAGCUUUUAUCUUUAUAAUCUUUCUGGUUGAUUUGUAAUAUUAGAAACAUGACUGCUGUCUUUUAUCUGUGUGACUGUACAGCCUGUUUCAGACAUGACAACCAGACAGUGUCUGAAGUUAUCUUUAAU